AGGAGCGUCGAGCGCGCAGCAUCCGUCUCAACUGCGUUCAAAUCCAACCGUACACAGCACUUUGACUGACUUACCCCACUUAAUACAACCUAACAGUGACAACCAUUGUUUCUAUAACUAUGAUUACCUAUUGGAACUGACUGCUGACCUAGCGGAAUUGUAUAAAAGAUUUCACCGCGGUUACGGCAUCGGUAAUUCAGAGCAUCGGGUUUCUACGCCAAGAGAUGAUCCGAGCAGCAAACCACCGGUAAACGUGAUCAAGGAUUGACUGGUCAUGCUGCGCUUUAUUGGAACAACACGAGUCAGUAAAUAAAAUAGGAAGAAAAAAUUCGAGUGAGAGAGGAGGCUGAGAGUCGUCAUUAUGUCUCGCCAUCAAAGCCGAACCACCAGCCUGGAAGAGAAGACGGUCACGCCCAUUCACAAGAGCUCCACCUCCUCACACAAGAGCUCCACCCCCACUCACAAGAGCGCAUCCUCGUCCUCUUCCUCUCAGAGAGACAGUCGACAGGAGACAGAUAGCUGGGAAAUCAUAGAGGGACUGAAGAUUGGACAGACUCAUGUACAGAGACCUGACAAACAUGAAGGGUUUAUGUUAAAGAAGAGAAAAUGGCCUCUGAAGGGCUGGCACAAGCGUUUUUUUGUUCUGGAGAAUGGGAUCCUGAAAUACUCCAAAUCUCCUGUAGAUAUUCAAAAGGGAAAGCUUCAUGGCAGUAUAGAUGUGGGACUGUCUGUGAUGUCCGUCAAGAAAAGAGCUCGACGUAUUGAUUUGGACACAGAGGAACACAUCUACCAUCUAAAGGUGAAAUCUCCAGAUACCUUUGACAUCUGGGUGUGCAAGCUGCGUAAUCAUCGUUUAUUUCGUCAGAACGAGAUUGUCCGUUCUCCUCGCGAUGCUACGUUACGAACCUUCCCUCCGUCUGCCAGCGCAGAGACGACUCCAUCCGCCACACACCAAAGCAAGGUUAAACCCAGCAGUCUGUCCUGGCAGUUACCUCCGUCUUGUAGUAAUGGACAGAGUAAAGUAGCCGCCUGGUUACAGGAGUCAGAAGAGAUGGACAAGUGUGCAGAAGAUCUCGCCUACUGCCAGUCUAGUCUUCUAGAAUUAAGUCAACUGCUGCAAAAUCUGGAGAUCUUACAGAGGACACAGUCAGCUCCAAACUUCACGGACAUGCAGAGUAACUGUGUAGAUUUGAGAAAGAAAGAGAAGCGAGGCAGCCGAAGAUGGAGGACUAAAAGUGUCAGCAAAGAUGCAAAAUUGCAACUGCAGGUUCCCUUGAGUGCGAGUAUGUCUCAAGUGCGUCUCCACUCCUCUAACCCUAACCUGUGUGCAGAGCUGUCUGACUUUCAGACCCCUGGCACGCGUCUAACUAACAGUAUCGAUGGCGCCAGUGACUACAUCAAACUUCAGGGUGAUUUCUGUGUCAUUGCUCAGAAAGUGCAUUCCCUGCUGAAGUCUGCUUUCAACACUGUAGCCAUAGAAAAGGAGAAGAUCAAGCAGGUGUUGUCAGAACAGGAGCAGACUGGCCAGACGUCUCAAAUUAUGACCCUUCGCCACUCCCUGUCACAGGCCCUGUCCCAGAAUGUUGAACUGAAAACCCGCCUGAACAGGAUCCAUUCAGAGUCGGUUCUGUCGGAGCAGGUUGUGAGUGUGAACAUCAUCAGCAGUCCGGACGAGGCAGGUGAGUCUCUUCAUGUGGGCGUCCCUCUGUCUCAGCAGAUGACCAAUGAAAGCAGAUUGUCCAUGUCAGAGUCUGUGUCCGAGUUCUUUGACGCUCAGGAGGUUCUUCUGUCAGCGAGUUCUUCAGAGAAUGAGGCCUCUGAUGAUGAGUCUUACGUCAGUGAUGUGAGCGAUAACAUUUCAGAGGACAAUGCCAGCGUCAUAGAUAACGUUUCCAGACAGAUGCUGAAUGGAGAUGUGACUAGUGGCGUGCUCCGAAAUGGGAGACGUACGUGUCUCCCGUCUCCCGCCCCUGACACAUCCAACCUUAACCUGUGGAACAUCUUGAAGAACAACAUUGGGAAGGACCUGUCGAAGGUUUCCAUGCCUGUGGAACUGAACGAACCGCUCAACACGUUACAGCACAUGUGUGAAGAGCUGGAGUACACAGAACUGCUGGACAAAGCUGCUCACACAGAUGAUCUCUAUGAACGCAUGGUAAUCGUGGCUGCGUUUGCUGUUUCUGGAUAUUCCUCCACCUACUACAGAGCAGGCAGUAAACCCUUCAACCCACUGCUGGGAGAAACAUACGAGUGUGUACGUGAAGACAAGGGCUUCUGCUUCUUCUCUGAACAGGUGAGCCAUCAUCCACCCAUCUCUGCCUGUCACUGUGAAUCACAGAACUUCACCUUCUGGCAGGAUGUCAGGUGGAAGAAUAAAUUUUGGGGGAAGUCUAUGGAGAUCCUUCCUAUUGGAACAGUGAAUAUUAUGUUGCCCAGUUAUGGUGAACACUAUGAAUGGAAUAAGGUGACGACAUGCGUACACAACAUUCUCAGUGGCAGACGUUGGAUUGAACACUAUGGAGAGAUUACCAUCAGAAACACACGCAACCCUACCUGCAUCUGCAAACUUACCUUUAUUAAGGGAAAUUACUGGAGCUCGAAUGUGAAUGAGGUGCAGGGAUCUGUAAUGGACCAGGAGGGCAAAGUCAUUCACAGACUAUUUGGGAAAUGGCAUGAGGGUCUUUACUGUGGAGUUCCACCUUCAGCCAAGUGCAUCUGGAGACCAGGUGUUAUGCCCACAGAUUAUGAGCUGUAUUACGGCUUCAGUAGGUUUGCUAUAGAGCUCAAUGAGCUGUUUCCUGAGAUGAAAGAUCUUCUGCCACCAACAGAUGCACGUUUCAGACCGGACCAGAGGUGUCUGGAGGAAGGAAACGUUCAGAUGGCAGGAGCUGAGAAACAGAGAAUUGAAGAACAGCAGAGACACAGGAGGAAAUGGAUGGAGGAGAAUAACAUUAAACACCAGCCACGAUUCUUCAAAAAGGUUACGGACAGUAACCAAAGAGAGAGAUGGGUGUCGAAUAACACAUACUGGGAUCUGCGAAAGGACCCUGGAUUCCUCAAACUAGAAAACCCGGAUCUGUGGUAGGAUCCCAUCACCUGCUCGGAUGAUGCUUACUAUGCAGAACCCAACUGAACAGGAGAAGCCCUGUGAUCUGCGCCUCACUUCAGCAGUCUCCGCCUCCAUCAUCUCCAUAGUAACGCAGAGAGAUGCUGCUGUUGUCAGGGCAACAGUAAGAGCCGUCCACACGAAGCCACUUGCGCUUCCUUAUAUGUCUUUGCCUUAAGAAUUCGCUUCUCGACGACAUGGUUUUAACGAAACUCAUUCAUUGACUGAAUUCCGUCAUCAUGUCUACAGAAUAUUCUGCAUGUGUAGAAGGCAGCUUUCAUUGGCAAUAUGUUAUACAAACACAUCAAAACGACAUGUAGACUUUAGUGGUAUUUUUCUAAAUGACCAAAAGGACAUUGUUGCUUUUUCAGUUUAAGGCUGAUGAUGAGAUCGGACAAUUUCUUCUUCUUUCAGAUGGGCAGUUGAAUGAAUGUACUGUAUGACAAUGCUUUUAUAAUUGUGGAAAUCCUCACAUUUCAAAUCCUUCCAAAGAAUCAAACUGAACGAUUUGAGGUGAUAUCAAUCCGCUGAUGUUGAGAGACGAGAGUCAUGGCUUUCUGCUAUCUCUGUAGCUGCUUAAAGGUGCAAUGAAUCUACCAAUGGCCAGAAGUAAUGAUCAGCUGUAGCAGCCCUGUCCCUGUUCAGAUAGUCUUCAGAAGUCAUCUGUAGUCCUGCUAUUGCUUAAACCAGAAUUUAAGCCUUAAAUUGAUAUAGAAACCACAUGCAUAAGUCAAUUCUUCAUAGCUGCAUUUAGAUUUUUCACACAGGGAUGUUAAAUGGAGAUGUGCAGGUGUGUAAACUCGCUGGAGCCUCUGCUGGCUGAUCAUCGCUACUGCAUCCAUCACAAUCUUUCUCCCUUCAUGAAAAGGUGUUUGAAAUACAGUACUCGUGUACUGCUUACUGCAUAAUCCUCCUAAUACUGUAUAUGCUGUACUCAGUAUUUGAAAUAUGUGCCAUACGUACGCAGUACUAUGGAACACUAAACACAUCACAUGGGUCACAUGGGUCUUUGACACAGUUAUUUGACAUUUUCUCCUAAAUAAGAUGUUAAAGUCAAUAUUUGUAAAGUCACAAUCUGAAAAAAACUGUUACAAGUUUAAAUCAAGUUCUGCAUUGCAUUGUGGGAUACAGUAUAUUGUAUGCUAGUCUCGCGUACCCAGACCUUCAAUACUGGAUAAAGCCCGCCCACGAGCUGUUGACCGACAUGUCAAACAACCAAUCACAGUUUGUUUCGUCUAGCGUCACAUUUCGUACUCCCCACAAUAACGAGCCGGCUGGCAACAAGUCAGUUAUUGAAAUAACCAGCCAACCGAUUAGCAUCUAAAUAAACAACAUUACUCACCAUAGAACAACGUUGUGCACUUUAUCAACAGCCACACUAAUGAGACGCUCCCGUUAAACGUCUGUUUGAAGCAUAUCUCUUCACUUUUUAACACCUACAAGCAAUUCAGGAGAACCACACUUUUUGACUCCACUAACUGCCUCAAGCAAAACUCUUGGAUGUCUUUUAGAGAGUUUAUGCUGCGAACUUUGCAGAUUUUUGAGAAUCCAAUGUUUAGCUGAUCAUGAUAACUGCUCAUUAUUAUCCACGUGAACACGACUGAUUCUCUUCCUCAAUGGAACGUCAGAGCUUUGUUUUCCAGGGACCGAAACUAAUCGCGAUACUCGCGUCUCCUGGAAAUCCGGUUUAUUUCAACCAAUUAAAUAGCGACUUCGACAUUCCCACAGGGUUUCCAGAAAAGUGUACGGAAAACAUCAGACGUUUAGGCAACAAUCUGUGGGCGUGACAUCUGAGGCUGAGACUAACUGUAUACUAAAAAUAUAGCCGGUCAAAUGCAGAAAACUGCCAUACUGUACACUAAAAGCCCUAAUGCCAUUUUGUAUUCUUAAAUUUUGCAUUUUUGGAUCCAUAACUCAACUGUCUUCGUUCAUUUAACUUAUUAACUUACAAAAACAAACCAUAAAUUGAUUGACAUAGAGUCAGUCCUGAAUUAUUUUCAUUACACUUUGUUAUAUGAAGUUACAUUACAAUUUUAAGUUCAGUCACUGUGAAAGCCAAGUGAACUUAAUUGUUUAAGUGCAUUGCACAAACUCCCAAGUUUGGUGAACUUAACAAUUUAAGUUCAUCCAUGUGACCACCAAGUUAUCUGAACUUAAAUAUUUAAAGGGGACAGAGAAUGAAAAACCAUUUUUACCUUGUCUUUGUUGAAUAAUGGUAGUCUACCCGCAUCCACAAACAUACAAAAUGUUCUAGACAUGCUAAACAUCUCAGUCUCAUAGAAAUUCCUCUUUUAGUAAUGUCAGCCAGAAAACGGCCCAAUCUGAAAAACUGAUGCUUAUGACAUCACAGGCAUCUCACUGCCCCUCCACUUUAAAAUAAUUGCCUACAUUUUUUGAGUGGCAGCAAAGUCAGCCAAUCAGUAAUGAGAUUGCAAGUUAAGCCAGUAGGGGGAGCCAAAAUGGUGCAAAACCACUUGUUUAAAAUCCUCCAUCCUAAUAGAGAUAACUGAGAGAGGUUUUUAGGAAGCUUCUAAGGCAUUACAGACCCAAACAAAAACAUUUUUGUCUACAUGUCACAACACAGAACAAGGAUAAAUACUCCGUUCAAUCAUCCUAUGUCACCUUUAAGUUUUUGGGAGUCCCGUUACUUAAUUUAAUUGAGGGAAUGAGUUUACUCGAUCAAAUGAGUUCAGUCAACUUAUUAGGGUUUUCAGUGUACGGUAGACUUUCUGCAUCUUAUUGAUCAUUAUCAAUCAGACCAACAAAAGUUUUAGGACAUUUUUUUCCAGAACAUGGUUAGGUCAUGUGACGACAAUGUGGAGUACUGCUUUUUAAAAUUUUAUGCAUUAUGUUCUCCAUAUAUUUUUUGAGGGAUGGUUGAUGAUUAAUUUACUCAUCUUUACGCAAUCCACGAUGUUAUAGAGAUUGUUUGAGCUGAAACCAUGAUGAUUUAUAAAAUAAUAAGUCCUUCUUUGUUUUUUUACAACAUUACUGUUCAUCUAUAGCCUCAGGCGAAUGACCCGGGCGCAUCUGAAACAUGAGCUUUCUAUUGCAUUGAUGUUUGCGCACACAUUUGAGAUGGCCUUAGAGUGAGGAAAUUUCAGUAGUAUGCAGUGUACAGUUUAAGGGUAUUGUAUGCAGUAAGUAGAACUAGUAUUGUAUUCUGAACAUUGCCAUUGGAUCUCAACUGACUUUAGUAUCACUCAUGCCAUUAAUGGACUUCUUUCAUCACACAAACAUUCACAACAUUCUUGCAUAAAUUGUUGCAUGAAUGGAAACAUUUUUAUACAGAAGCUACCGGCUAUAGCAAGCAGAUUUUUUGCCCUAAGCAGAAGUUAUAAAUAUUUAAAAAAUAAAAGAUUAUUUAAUGUGCUUUACUGUAGAUUUACUGUAAUGUUGGUAGAUUACUGAACAAGCCAAAAGCAGUGUAGACACAGUGAGAGAGAGAGAGAGCAGCUCACGUCUCCUGUAUCUCACUGUUUGAGUCUUUCACUGUGCCUUAAUGUAUAUAUAAAAUCAUAUCAACACACUUUAACACACACACUGAGCAACAGAUUCUCAACACUAAUGCACUUUUCCCUACAGAGCUCUGUCUCGCACUGAUAUCAAAUAUAUAUAUAUACAUAUAUACACAGUACUGAUAUGAAGGGUCUGUAAAACAAAGUAGAUACAGUGAGCUCCAAAAGUAGAGUUAAGUAAAAUGAACUUUUCAUUUCAUACAUUUACACAAAUCAUCUUUAAGGACAUCAUCCACUCCAGGGCAACACCCCAUGACGACAUGAACUGAAGAUGUCUUGUGCUUUGAUGGAAAGGAGAUCUUAUAUUUCUGUGUGGAAAUGAUUAAUGGUCAUCACCACUUUCUAUGAUUAGUCAUUUGUGAAUUCUGUUUGUUUGAAAAAAAUUGGAGAUUUAAAUGAAAGGGACAUAAAAGCGUUCACUGUGGUUUUUGGAUCAUUUCUAUUAAAUGCAGUUCAGUUUUGUAUCAUGCUUAUGUUUGUAUGAAUAGCAUCAUCACCAGCUAAACUCUAGCUCAUCUGAUUGAAUCUUUCUGAAGCAUACAGAGAUUAUUAAUAUUAUUAUUAUUAUUAUUAUUUAGAUUGAUCAGCUGAUCCUGGAAGAGAUUUUUGUUAUAGUUUAUGAUAAGUGUACUGAGCUGGCAUUUUCUCCCCCAUUGCAUGAAAACAUGUGACAGUCUGCCAAUGAUGAUUUCUAAUGCCUUAUAGAGAUGUUGAUUUUCUUGAUAGGGUUCAUUCAUUGACAGAUCCUGCACUGUGUGUAGGAUAAGAUGUUCACAGCUGCUGGACCGCUUUGCUUUAACAGAAGACUGAUGUACAACUGUUGUUUCUCUCGACGUGUUAAUAGGACACCAAUGAAUAUAAAAAACUCUCUAGACCUGCUGUUUCACAUUUACACUAAAUACAUAGAAAUACAUAUUUAUGUUCUAAGCCAUGA